AUGGUCUCCAUCGACUUCCUCCAUCUGGAAACGUGCAAAGGAGGUUAUGAGUAUAUACUAGUAGUAAUAGACCACUUCACCAGGUUUGCUCAGGCCUACGCGACCAAAAACAAGUCAGCAAAGACUGUUGCCGAUAAGAUAUUCAGUGACUUUGUCUUGAAAUUCGGAUUUCCUACCAGAAUUCACCAUGACAUGGGAAAAGAAUUUGAAAACCAGUUAUUCCUGGCCUUAGGAAAAAACUGCUACAUUCAGAACUCCCACACGACUCCAUAUCAUCCAGAAGGAAACGGACAAUGCGAAAGAUUUAACCGUACUCUGUUGUCUAUGCUUUGGACUCUGUCGCCAAAUUCCAAGAAAGACUGGAAGAACUCACUUAACCAGUUGGAAACGAGUGGGAAAAGUACAGAGAAAGUUACAGAGGAAGUUACAGAGGAAGCUCCAGAGGAAGCUACAGUGAAAACUACUGAGGAAAAGCCUGUAAGUCAAGCUGGAAACACUACAUGUUCAUCAGGAAACACAGAAGAAGAAAACUCUUCACCAGAAAACUCAACAAGGACAGUUGACAGCGAUGAAGGCGAUGAAAUGGAACUGGCCUAUAGUUAUGUUAAGAAAUAUGCCUCUGCCAAAUAUCAUUCAUGUGCAGAUGAACCUCUUAAGAGUCAAGUUAAUGCGUUGUUGUCUCAGUGUCAGCAACAUAAUGACAAGCUGCAGAGUAGACCACUUACAAAGAAAGGUAACAAACAGAAAUUGGCUAACGAAAUUGCGGUAUUGCUCAGAAUCACAGAAAUUUCUGAGCAAAUGGGGGAGCAAUGGAGAGCAGAAAGGAGUCAUCUUGGAGAGCAGAUAGAGAAAAUUGGAGAUAAUCUUAGUAGCAUUGCAACUGUCUCCAGUGUUGAAAUGGAUGACUUGAGGGCUACUGUGUGCAAUUUAUCCGAAAGAAAUUGUGAGCUCCAAGAACAAUUGGAACAAUGCAAUGCAAACUUUGAUAUGAAGAGUAGGCUUGUUGGUUCAUUGCAACUAAAAUUAUUUCAUAUGGAGGAAUUGGUAAUGUCUUUGGAGAGGAAAUUGGAAGAUGCAAACUCCCAGCUACUUAGAAAGGAGCAAUGGAUAUUAUCCCUCAAUGAACGGAAGAAAAAGUGUCCAUCAGCCAAUAUCUGUAUUGUCACUGAUGUGAAUACAUCCAAUGAGGUGGCAUUAGCAAAUGCUCCUGGAUAUUUAGGGGAGGGCACUAGUGUACUCACAAUUAAUGAAAAACUUACAUUGUGCCAGAUUCUGGGUGAGUUUAAUACACUGGAGUCACCCGUGUGCCUGUCUAAUAAAUUUGAGGCUAUUGUACAGAAAUACACUUUGAGUGAUAAAGAUGCAUGCUCUCUUCUAAAGGCUUGGGUGCCAGCACAUCUAGCAGCCCGGGUAUCUGCAUAUGAGAAUGAUAACUUAGAUGCAGAGGGAAGGAUGAAAGAACUGCAGCGGGUGUUAAAGAGUCGUGAUGAUAGAGGGAUAAAUGCGUUACAAAGAAUGAGAUUUAGAAGAGGAGAUGACCCUAUAUUGUUCUGUAACCAAUAUCUUUCACUGUACAAAAGUGUGUAUAACUGUCCUGAUAUGUCUGCUGAUGAUUCAGGCUUCAUAUACUCAAUGGCCAAUAUAUGUUACGUGAACUAUCCUAAUAGGAUUGCCCUCAGAAAUACCAAUUCAUACCAGAGCUUUAUCAAUAUACUUAGAGACUGGUGUGAAGAAUCCAGUGAUGGUUAUAGAUCAGAUGCAGAUAUAUCAGUAGUGAGCAGAGGUACAAGAAGGAAGAAAUUCAUCAGGUGUUACAAAUGUCACAGACCAGGGCACAUUCAGAGAUUUUGUAGAACCCCCGAUAUUUUCAGCCUGAUACCGGAUGAUAAAAGUAUAUCCACCCAGGGCAAGGAAAGCAUACCACAGGAGCCUGAUGUAAUGGAUAACAGCCUUGGGGAGUCAGGAAAUGCUGAGGGGCAAAAGGAGGAGAUUACAGAUAACAAUGGCCCCCACCCUCCGAAUAGCCAACAGCCAUGGGGGACGAGCAUACCAAUGUUUGCACCCUGGGCUAAUCUUCCAUUUUGGCUGGUAUGCAGAGCCACUAAAGGCAGCUUAGUCAAGCUGGCUUAA